AUGCUCUCUAAAAUUCUUUUGUGGUGUUUGGCUUCCUUUUGCUUUGGAGGUUUACUUGGUUCCCUGAUUGUCAUUCAACACCGAAACUAUAGUGUUCAUGAAUCUCAAUUGACUUCUGGUAGCCUUCGACCUCCCUCUUCAUACAAAACAAAUCUACCUACGGCUUGUACUCCUCUUCCUUCGGCAACAGCAACAAUAUCCACCCCACAGUCCUCUUCUUCACUUCAAUCAAAAGAACAAAAACUACGCGAUAUUUGUAUCAUCCAAUACGAAUCAAGAAAACUGAAAUCUAUACAAAGUGCAAAUUUAGAGGAUGGCCAGAAGGGUUAUUUCAUUAGAGACUUGUCUAUUUAUGUGAACCAGAGAUAUGCCAAAAGACAUGGCUAUCCCUAUGAAUUUAUUAUUGCAGAGGAGAAUGGAAGAAACGUUACUAGACAUGCCGCUUGGUACAAAUUAAAACUCAUUGAGAGGUAUUUGAUUGAGAAUGAAAAAAAGUGUCAAUUUGUUCUAUUUAUUGACAGUGAUUGUUAUUUCAGAAUUAUGAGUGCGACCAUUGAGAGUGAAAUAAUUGAUCUAUAUGAUAUGAAUCAGGAAAAUGGAACAAAGUUUUUUCUAGCUCCAAAGGAUGAAUAUGGAGAUUUUUUAAAUUCUGGAACGUUGUUUUUCAGAAAUAAUGUCCAAUCAAUUCGAUUCCUCAGAGAGUGGUGGGAUGAAGGAGAGAAAUCUCCCCAAUAUUUCUUCAGUCAUCCAUGGGAACAAAAGAUAUUAGAAAUUAUGAGAGCAAGAUAUUUUGACUAUAUCAUUACAGCUGGUAGUUACCACAUAACAUCUCCGAAAGGAACGUUCAUUAGGCAUUUGUAUGGACGACCUGAUGGAAUAGCUCAGAGAGACAAUUUCUUGGCCUCAGUAGGAAUUAGUUUUGCUCAAGAGUAUGAAGCAGAAGCUUUUAAAAGUGUCAAAGUAGUUCAUUUAGGUUGA